GGCGGACAUUUGAACUAUGACGAUCGAUACCGAUAAAUUGCAGUACGCGAAAUUGAUUUACUACUCACCUAGCGCGAUGUUCGUCGAGGUUUAUUCCGUCAGCCGAAUCCACUACCGCUUACUUACUGGCUAGCAAAUCGUCAGUCAAACAGUCAGUCACUCAGUCACUAUGAGAACGUUAGACGGUUCAAAACAUACUCGUACGCUUGGAUAAAAACUUUGGCGCGAUCGUUCCGAGGCGUGGUUAUCAGUUCAUGUAACGCCGCCACUUUGCAGUCUAUUCGUUUGAAAGCAGUGAAAUUAGUUUCGUCAAUGCAAAUUCAAAACUGAAUGGUUCAUUGUUAAAAAAGUGAUCGAAUCAAAAAUCUAAUAUCAGUUUUCUGGGUUGAAAAACCAACCAAUAAUUAUAUUGGCAUGAGUAAUACGCGUACCUCGCGAAUAAGCAUGAGUGACAAUAGCAAUUAGUUUGUGAAAUCAAAAACUUGCAUUUUUCAGGAAUUUUCCAUAAAGCAAUGUAGUGUUUAUAAAGGUUUGAUAAAGUUGGUACCUGAACCAAAAAUUCGAAUCGACUAAGUUGGUGACAAAAUUUCGGGCACCAUGGCUUUCGACCCCCCGGAGGACUGCUUCGAACCAGCAACUGUUCAGCGAUUACUCAGCUUCGUGCCAUCAACCUUGAAGUUUCAAAACAUCAACUACACAGUGGACGGGAAAACUGUUCUGAACAACGUUUCCGGCAAGUUCAAACAUGGUCGCCUGGUGGCAUUGAUGGGACCCUCAGGAGCUGGGAAAUCAUCAUUAAUGAACGUUCUAGCUGGGAUGCGGAUGUUUGGACUCGACGGCCAAAUCACAAUCAAUGAGAAACCGGUGGAGGAGAAUGAUCCACGCAGUGUUUAUGUGGAGCAGGAUUGUCCGCUGUUGAGUUAUCUGACGGUGCGUGGAACGAUGACCUAUGCAGUGGAUAUGAAAAUGUCGCGGAAAACGACGGCGAAGGAGAAGAAGAAUAAGAUCAAAGAAAUUCUCGAAAUGUUGGGCCUGGACAAAUGUGCUAGCACCCUAGUGAAGGACAUCUCUGGAGGCGAGCAAAAACGGCUUUCCGUGGCCGUUGAGCUUAUCACUAAUCCGGCUGUGAUGCUGCUUGAUGAACCCACAAGCGGGCUGGACAGUGUUUCAUCCCUUCAGCUGGUGUCUCAUCUCAAAUCCCUGGCCAUGGGUGGACGAACGAUCGUUUGCAGCAUCCAUCAACCGGCUUCCAAUUUGUUCCAGCUGUUCGAUGAUGUGCUUCUGCUGGUCCGAGGUCGAUGUCUCUAUUCGGGAUCGGUGAGCGGAAUGGUUCCAACAUUGGAAUCGGCAGGAUUUGUCUGUCCAGAGUAUUACAAUCCGGCUGAUUUCGCUAUCGAGGUUAUGACGUCGGAUGCUGAAGAGGCUAAGAAGACGUUGAUCGACCGCACAUCUGAAGAGCUACGAGAGCUGUUCGAAGGACCCACCUCGAGUCCCACUAUCGGAAGAAGUGAGAACGUACGCACAGGUCGAUACCAAAUUCCCUUCUGGUAUCAGUUUAUGAUUUUGCUCAAGAGAUCAGCGAUCUCCACCACUAGGGAUGAGUUCUUUCUGAAAAUUCGAGUUGGUCUUACCAUAGCGUUGGGUCCUGUUUUCGGCAUCAUCUACUAUAAUGCGGGUAACGAUGCUAGCAAGGUGGUUGCCAACAUUGGAAUGUACUUCCAGCUGUUUGCCUUCAAUUACUUUCCUAAUGCGAUAGCCAUGAUCAACUAUACAGAGGAAGCAAACGUGGCCGUGAAGGAAAUUUCGAACAAUUGGUACUCCCGGGAAGCCUAUUUCCUAUCCAAGUUGCUCAACGACGUUCCAUUGCAACUCCUAUGUCCCACCCUUUUGCUUCCACCAAUCUACUACCUAACGGAUCAACCACUAGACCCAACCCGAUUUGCUAUGGUCUGGGCCAUGUUCUUCCUGGGAGGGGCAAUCGCUCAAUGUAUCGGACUUCUGGCCGGCAUUUGUUUCAGCACCAAGACGCAGAACUUCAUCGUUGCCAAUGCUUGCCUAAUUCCAUCGAUUUUCAGUGGAUUUCUGAUCAACGAAAGGGACCUCCUUACGGCACUGAAACCGUUCAGCAUCGUUUCGUUCUAUCGGUAUCAGUUCCACGGGGUGAUGCAAGCUCUCUACGGACUGGACCGGGAUCCACUCAAGUGUUCGCAGGUUUAUUGCUACUUUAAGAAACCGACCGUGAUAUUGGAGACAUUCGAUGUGGAUCCCGAUGGGUUUUGGCUUUGUAUAGGCAUCCUGGUUGCGUUGCUAGUAUUUUUCCAGGUUUCCAUUUAUCUGGCGUUUGUAGUUCGAUUGAGAAAAAUAAAAAUUUAGUAAAA